AUGUCUCAGCUACCCUUGCCGGAGGGUUGGAUUCAGGAAUAUGACCCUCAACAGAAGCACCCAUUCUGGGUUGAUACAACGGCAAAGCCACCACGAGCGAUAUGGGUGCACCCCUACGAAGACGAGCAGUUCCUUUCUGAGAAUCCAGAUAUCAAAGCAAAAGUAGAGAAGAUCAAAGGACCAUCUUUGGAAGAUCCUCCUCCGUACGAACAGCGACGUCAUUCAUUCAGCGGUGGAGAGGAGGCGGUCCCACUUCGCACCAACGCCCAGUCUUCCCAGAGUACAGUCUCGCCACCAGUCGACGAGCACCAUGAGGAGCGAAAGCGCGGGAUGUUCGGGAAGCUGAAAGACAAGACUAUUGGUACAAAGGAAGAGCGUGAGGCACACAAGAGACAAAAAGCUGAAGAACGUGCGCGAGAGGAGGAGCUGCGUCGUGAGGCACGGAGACGAAAUUUGGAGGAACGUGCUGCGUACAUGCAGCAACAUGGUGGUUAUCCGCCGUACGGUGGUUAUGGUUACUCCCCAGAUUACUCGGGCGGCUAUUCUGGUCGGAGUCAGUAUGGCCCACCUGUGGGAGACCCAUAUGCAUAUAAUGAAGGCCCGUAUGGAAGAAGGAGUCGACGUGGAGGGUUUGGAGGGGGAAUGGCAUUACCUUUAUUGGGUGGACUGGCAGGCGGACUUUUACUUGGAGAUAUGCUCGACGGAGGAUUUGGUGGUGGAGGAUUUGGCGGUGGUGGAUUUGACGGAGGAUUCGGUGGUGGGGGUUUCUUUUAA